UUACUUUGUCCGUUUAACAGAAGAGCAAUAUACCUUUUCCUGCUUCUUCCAAUCCCCGCGUUUCUCUCUCUUUCUCUAGUUUCUGUGUUUUUGCUUGGUGGGUUUGGUCUCAAUUUUAGCUUCAAACAUUGGCUGCAACUUACUAACUUUGGUAAAGCAUAUACUGUUGAUGGUCUGUGACUCUGUUUGCUCUUCAGGAGCAUAAUUUUCCGACUUUAAAUACAGUGGAGAUGAUGAGAUGGCUUAAAGUUCACUUGGUGCUUCAUGUGCCAAAUUAAUUUUUUCGAGUGAAUUCGAAUGCUUUUAAGGGAAGAACUAUUCUUUAAUGAGAUGUAUGCGAAGGAUUCUGUACGAGUCAAUGCUGCUGGUUACCAAUGAGAGUUCUUGUUACUAUUCCGGCAAUGAGUCCCUUCUCUCUCUCUUUCUUUCUCUAUAUAUCUUCUGCUUCUUCUUUUUCGCUAUUUUCAUUUAAACCUUUGCAAUCUUUAUUGUGCUGAAUUAUUAUAAAGGAUGGAUUAGUAACAAAAUCAAAACUAUUUCAUUCUUGUGUUUAAUUAACUUGGAGAUAUUUUAGGACUAUUCAGCCUUUGAUGUAUUAUUGUAGUUUGGACUUUGGAAAUAGACUGUGUGGUUUAGAUUGCCUCUGUUAAUUUGGGUUUUAUUCAUAUUCAUCUUCGUGGACUGAGAUUUAGUGGUUGAUUUACAUUUUCCCCUUCAGUGUCUAGCAAAUGGCGGGCCAGAGAGGCUUUCCAACUCCAAUCUUGGAUACUAAUUCACUUGUUCCCCUUAAGGAUCAAAAUGAAAAACCAAAUCUUCUUAUCGAGGUUACUAAUGUAGAAAAACAGUUGCUGGCAUUUAUCCAUACCAAAGGUAUAAUGCACUCUGAUGUUCAAACCUUGUACAAAAAAGUUUGUUCUAGUUAUGAGAAAAUCAUCCUUAAUGAUCGUGAAGUGGCAGAACUUCAAGAUGUUGAAUAUUCUUUAUGGAAGCUUCACUAUAGGCAUAUUGAUGAAUUUCGUAAAAGAAUAAAGAAAAGCUCUGCUAAUGAAGAGGUUAUAAAAUCCGUGGCAACACAAAGUGUAGCUGCAGCACAGAGAAGCAAUGACAAUCAUCUAGAAGGGUUUAAGUUAUUUCUGUCAGAUGCAACUAGAUUUUAUCAGAAUUUGAUUGUAAAAAUCAAAAGAUAUAAUGGACUCCCAGAAGACUUUUCCUUCUGUGGAAGGGGUGGAAAUGCUGUUUCUGUUGAACCGAAGAAAAUGCAGAAACUGCAAUUCUUAUGCCAUCGAUUUCUAGUUUGUCUUGGGGAUUUUGCUAGGUAUAGAGAGCAAUGUGAAAUGUCAGAUACGCAGAACCAGAACUGGUCAGUUGCAGUCACCCAUUACUUGGAAGCUACAAAGAUUUGGCCACAUAGUGGGAACCCCCAAAAUCAGUUGGCAGUGUUGGCAACAUAUGUUGGUGACGAGUUCCUAGCUUUGUACCACUGCAUAAGAAGUUUGGCAGUUAGGGAGCCUUUCCCUGAUGCAUGGAACAACCUUAUUUUAUUGUUUGAAAGAAACCGGUCAUAUCAUUUACAUUCCCUUUGUAGUGAGGCCCACUUUGAUUUCUUAAAUCCAUCUGAAAGUACUGUCCAGACCAAUUCUCAAUCAACUAAUGAUGCAUCAAAUUGCAAGAUGGUACAAGCUCGGGAUGAAGGCUCGAGGGGAACACAUUUAUGGCCUCUUUUCAUUAGAACAAUAAGUUUCUUCUUCUUAAAAUCCAGUUUGGACGAGUUCCCUUUUACUUUUGCAUCGUGUAUAAAAGAGCUGGAUGUUUUGAUGGCACUAGAUGAUGUACAAUUAAAAGCUGCAACGGAGUCCUAUCAGCGUAUGGAUUCAGCUAGAAGUGGUCCCUUUCGAAAUCUUCAAGUUGUUUCUAUAUUUAUCUUCGUCAUUGAGAAUCUAAUAAAAAGCCCAGAAGCAGGAGAUUCAAAAGACAAGAAUGCUAUACAACAGUUUGAUUUGACACAAGAGGCAUUGACUGCUACAUUCAUUUUCAUGGGACGCCUCGCUGAUAGAUGUUUGAAGGCAAAUGUCUUGGACUCUUGUCCCCUUUUUCCAGCUUUGCUUGUGUUUACAGAGUGGCUGGUGAGCACUUUUGAUGACGCAGAAGUAUAUGGAUCUGAUGAAAAAUGUAGAAGUGCUGUGUCUUAUUUUUUUGGUGUUUAUCUUGAACUUAUGAAGCGGUUUGAUAUUAACAAGGGUGAAGUCAAGCCUCCUGGAAGCAUUGCUCUCUGGGAGGACUAUGAGUUGAGGGGCUUUGCACCUUUAGCUCGUUUUCAUGCUUUGUUAGAUUUUUCAAGUCAUUGGGGAAAUGCAGAAAGUUACGAAUGUGGAACUGAAUGCCGUGCUCAGCGCAUUAUUAAUGCUGCAAUCAAGAUUGCAGACAGAUCAAAUAGUAAUAGGAAUUGGAUCUGCUAUGAUAAAUCUGGUAGAAAAUUUCAUGUACCAGAGUCGAAUAAAUUUCCAAACAGAAAAGAAACUGAAAAGGUGGAGUUCCCUGGUACUGUGGAAGAGAAAGAGUCUGGUCAGCAUAUUCACAAAGUGACAGAGGAAGCUGAGAAGAUUGAGGAGAAACCAAGUAACUCUCAUGUGAAUAGCAAAUCUGUUGCCAUGGAGGAGGAAGAAGUCAUUCUUUUCAAGCCUCUCACAAGAUACAAUUCUGCCCCACUUUAUAGUGCUAUAUCAGCUAAUGAUCAAACAACUUCGGAAGAUAGAGCGGACCUGAUAGUGCCUGCUGAUGAGUGCUUGCGACGUGCAACUUCACUGUUAAUAGCUCAAAAUCAGGCCCAUGGUGAUCCUUCAGCUUUCCAUUCUGAUCUCACAAAUUUCAGGCGCAAGCCAUUGCAACAGCAGGAGCCUCUUGUAAAGGAUGCUGUAGCACUCCCAUUUUCAGAAGCCUCUAUCUCUUCCUCUGGGCCUCCCCCUUUCAGCACCUCCAUUGCUGCUGGACCACCCUCACUCAAUGCUUGGGUCCUUAAUAGAGGAACUUUGAAAAAUGAUAGAGCAGAAGGGAAGAGAGAGAUGAAUAAAAUGCCGCCUUUUGAGGAAAUUGCAUCUGCAUCCCUCAAUGAUCUCUCCAUCAGUGAUUCUGAGAAUUCUGUCACUAGUUCAGGGCAUGAAGCUGAGACCAUGCGUAACUCUUCUGCUUAUUCAGCUCUAUUGCCUUCUGCUCCAUUCUUGCCUGAUGAUGCUAGUUGGUUUAAUGGAAUUCAAUCUACCUUCUAUGACUACGAUGGCUCAGGAAACAUCAACAGAACAAACAAUUUCUUUGAUGCAUCACAAGUGAGCAACUAUUCAAAUUGGCCAGGUUCUCAUCAGCCGCUUGAUUAUGGUCUUGGUAUUCCUGGUCUAAUGGAUGGAUAUCCACCAGUGCGCCGAAUGACUUCUUCUGAAUGGCUUCGUCAAUACAGGGAAAAUCACAAUCUUGAGCGAACCACGAAUCAUGCACGGCCAGUGCAUUCAUACGUCGCUGUGAACACUGGAAACUUUUAUGGUCAUGAUACGUCUAGGUCUGGUCUUUUUGAUCAAUUUGGAGCCCCUUUGGCUGCUAUUAAUCCAUUGAUUUAUGAGGAGAGGCCACCAUUACACUCAGGUUUUCCUUCUGUUUAUGGUACUGUUGACUACAGAAGGGAGAAGCUCUAUCCUGGUUAUCAAAGACCAAGGCCUCAUGGGUGUGGUGCGGUGAAUGAGCCUGAGCCUCUUCUGCAGUAUCUAAAGGAGAAAGAAUGGUUGCUCCAGCAAGAUCCCACAUUGAGAGGCCCUACGUAUAUGGGAAGUUGAAAAUUUGAUCUAACCAAAUAUGAGCAUUUUACAUAGCUGCAUAUCUUUCAUUGGAUCCGAUCUUCAUCCGCCGCAAGUUGUCCAUUUGCAUAGGUUUACUUGUCUGUUAAUGGGUAUGCGUACACAUAUUGUAUAAUAAAUUAUUAGUUGGAAAGAAGAGCUUAAGAAAGUACAUAGGAAAAAAAAAAAAUUUCUGCUGUGUAUUGAUCUUGUGAUCAACAUUGUGGAAAUUUUUUAUCAUCCCUUCCUAAUCAAAUACGAUUUCAAUUGGGAUUUCAA